GGCCGGGCCCCCGAGCCGGCGGAAGCGGAGGGGGCGCCACGCGGCGGGACAGGAGGCCAUGGACGCGCGCGUCGGGGCGCUGCUGCUGGCGCAGCUGCUGGUGUUCGGGAGGCAGGAGUUUCAGGAUGGGGACCAGCUGUUUGCAGGUUUCGAGAACUCGUCGUUGCUCACGUGGCCCUGCGGCCAACGAUCCAUUUCAACGCGCGUGGUGGGCGGAAAGGACUCGGAGCUGGGCCGCUGGCCGUGGCAGGGCAGCCUGCGCUUGUGGGGCUCCCACCACUGCGGAGCGAGCCUGCUCAACCGUCGCUGGGCGCUCACGGCCGCGCACUGCUUCGAAAAGCACAGUGACCCCUUUGAGUGGUCGGUGCAGUUUGGGGAGCUCUCUGCCUCGCCGUCCAUCUGGAACCUGCAGGCCUACUACAACCGCUAUGGUGUGGAGGAGAUCGUUUUGAGCCCCAUGUAUCUGGGGGCUUCGUCCUAUGACAUCGCCCUGCUGAAGCUGUCCUCCUCUGUCACCUACAAUAAGUACAUCCAGCCCAUCUGCGUUCUGACCUCCUCCUCUGAGUUCCAGAACCGGACCGACUGCUGGGUGACUGGCUGGGGGGACAUCCAAGAAGAUCAGGAGCUGCCAUCCCCCUACAUCCUCCAGGAGGUGCAGGUCGGCAUCAUAAACACUGCCAUCUGUAACUACCUUUACGCACAGCCCACCUUCCGCUAUGACAUCUGGGGAGACAUGAUUUGUGCCGGCAAUCCCCAAGGUGGCAAGGACGCCUGCUUUGGUGACUCAGGCGGGCCCUUGGCCUGUGAAAAGAAGGGGCUGUGGAUUCAGGUUGGAAUCGUGAGCUGGGGAUCAGGCUGUGGGAGGCCCAACCGGCCCGGUGUCUACACCAACGUCAGUAGGCACUUCAACUGGAUCCGGAUGCUGCUGGCUCGCAGCAGCGUUCACAGGCCAGCCCCCUGCCUGCCGCUGGUCCUCCUCCCUCUGCUCUCGCCUGCCUUCCACCCCCGGCUGCCCGAACGCACCUGAGCCCAAGAGCUGGGGCCAUCUGCUGAGCCAGGCCCCGUCCCGCUCUGUCCCUUGUUUAAUAAACACGUUUGCAUGUUGGA